AUGGUUCGAUACGCCGCGACCGAAAUCCAGCCCUCCAAGUCGGCCCGCGCCCGCGGUGCCUACUUGCGAGUCUCCUUCAAGAACACUCGCGAGACGGCCCAGGCGAUCAACGGCUGGAAGUUGCAGCGUGCUGUUGCCUUCCUCGAAAACGUCAAGGAGCACAAGGAGGCUGUUCCCAUGCGACGAUAUGCCGGCGGCACCGGUCGCUGCGCUCAGGGCAAGCAGUUCGGUGUGUCGAAAGCUAGAUGGCCCGUCAAGUCAGCCCAGUAUCUUCUGGACUUGCUCAAGAACGCCGAGUCGAACGCUGAUGCCAAGGGCCUCGACACCGGCGCUCUGGUUGUCAAGCACAUCCAAGUUAACCAGGCUCCUAAGCAACGCCGCCGAACAUACCGUGCCCACGGUCGUAUAAACCCGUACAUGUCAAACCCCUGCCACAUCGAGCUCAUCCUGACCGAAGGCGAUGAGGUUGUCCAGAAGUCUAGCGAGGUUGUUGGUCGUGAGGAGAUCCACCUCAACUCGAGGCAGCGUGGUGCUCGUCUCCGCAAAGCCAUCACUGCUGCGUAA